GCUGCUGACUGUCUGACAGCUCGCCUUGGAUGUGUGUGUUUUUUUUUAAUAACCGAAAUUCGACAUGUCACGGAAAGCCAAAGAGGAAUAUUGCCGCUUCUUUACCGUUACCGAAACACGCACACACGAGAAAGGACACACGGAGUACAAAGUGACAGCAAGGUUUGUUCCCAAGUCUAAGCCGGAGGAUGUGAAGGAGGUGGUCUUGUGGAAGAGGUAUUCCGAGCUGAAGAAGCUCCAUGGCGAGCUGGCCUACACACACAAGAAUCUGUUCAGACGACAGGAGGAGUUUCCGCCAUUUCCACCGGCACAAGUUUUUGGGAGAUUUGAUGAGGCUGUGAUUGAAGAGAGGAGGAAGGCUGCAGAAACUAUGCUGGUGUUCACUACAAGCAUACCUGCACUCUAUAACAGCCCACAACUGAAGGAAUUCUUCAAGGAUGGUGAGGUCACUCGGCCUCGGGACCACUCCCCGUCCAACGUGUCCCUGCCUCCCCCCCUAAUACCCCUCCCCAAGAACAGGGCCUCAGACUGUGAGCCAGCAGAAGAGGAGGCGGGAAGGGAGGAACCCACUUUGCCCCAGGAUCUGGGCACCAACCUGAGCAUUGACGUGGGAAAGCCUGAGGUGGCGGUUGAGGCCUACAGCGAGAUGGGAGAUGGUACAAGAGAAGGGGGUGGAGGAAGAAGCAGCAUGGGAGAUGAUGGAGGAGAAUGUUGUGGAGGGACAAGUGAGAUGGGAGAUGAUGGGAGAGGAGACACGUGUAUGGACAGCCAGUUGGAUGAAAAAGACCCAUCUCCUGCAAAGACACACAGAUCAACAGAAGAGCUUGAAUCACUUUUUGACUCGGUGGCAGACAAAGGUGCCUCAUCUCCAAACGAUGAAGUCCCGCCUCCUCUCUCUGACAGCGACAUGGCAGUUUUUGACCCCUGCUAUAAACCAGAUGCUUCUGAACCCCCCGGCAACCAUUUCAAAUUGUUGUCGUUGCCUGUGAGCAGUAUGGAAAUAGAGUCCGCUUAUUUAAACCGAGCUUCCGCCGAGCUGACAACUGCCAUGGAGAGGGAGAGGGACGGGGACGUGAGUGCUGCCAUUAGCAGCUACAGGACGGCGGUGGACAUACUGAUCACUGGAGUGCAGGGUGAUCCAGAUCCAGCACGGAAGGAUUCUGUCAAGAGAAGGAUAGCACAGUAUCUGGAACAUGCUGAGAUGCUGCUGGACAGCCAUGCCUUGCCUGCUGGACAAGAAUAGGAGGAAAAAAAACUCAAUAUUGACCUUUCAAACAAGUUUGUUUGGACCAAAACUUUCACUGACACUGUAAACACUCCUGAGGCACACACACACACACACACACACACACACACACACACACACACACACACACACACAGACUAUAUCUAAUAGUCACUUGGUUUUAUUGACAAAGAUACUUGUAUUAUAUUUGAAAUUCUUACCUCAUUCUCCGUUCCCAAUGUUUGCAUUUUGCACUACGUUUUAUUAAUAAACCCCAUUUUGGUUUUAA